AUUCUCUUGCUGCCGUGGGAACACUUGUCGUCUACAGGGAUUCCUUCAAAGAGACAAGAUAAUGAUCACCAACGACAGCAAACGUUUGCAGUCAGGCCAACGGUCUGAUUCCGACUCACAGAAAAAUUGCAGGCUGUGCAAACAGCAUCAUGAAGACUGCAUAGACGAGGGCCCGGCAUGUAUGAAUGGUUCUGCGGGAGACCGGCACUGCUCAUUCUUGAUCGACAGCGUUCCUAGGCGGCUGGCCUCCCUGACAUGGCACACUGGCCUUCCAUCCGAAAGCUGUUCCUCCGCGCCGUCAUGGCACUCCACAAUCCGUGAAGCCUUUGCCCCCGAACAUAUCCUUCUGUUCCAUCACUUCGAGACCCGAUUAUGGAGGCUGCCAAAUACACAUCUUGUCGCUUCCGAAGGACAAACUAGCCGUAUAAUCGACAUGAUGUUCAGGUGCGCCACGGCCGCACCUUACCUCAUGGACGAGCUGCUGGCAUUUUCUGCUCUACAUUUGAGUGUACUGACUCCAGCGACACAUGAAGUUGCUCGUUAUCGCCAUUAUGCGAUGCAACUUCAAACCCGCGCCGUUGUCAAAUUUCACGCGGCCGACCCUCAAUGGCUCGGGCACAACAGCUUAGCUUUAUUUCUUUUCUCAUCACUCCUCGGCAUGCAUUUACUUUUUACUGCCACGAUGGAUGGAAAUCGCCACGCCAAGCUUUUGAAUCAAAUUGCACAGUCCAUCCACAUUCUUCAUGGUGUGGGUACCGUUACAAAAUCGAACUGGGGCGCCAUCCGUGAAACAGAGAUAAAAUCUAUCAUCAACCAGAUAGAGCUCGCCGAACCCACUGGACUGCACAUCAACCCUUACAAAGAACAGUGCGAAAAGUUGUUUGAACAACUGAAUGCAUGCAAAGAGAAGUUUGUGCCGGAAUCUUUCAACGCAUGCUCUGCAGCUAUUCAUGCAUUAUUGUGGGUUUUCGGUCGGCAUGGAGAACUUCCUAAACCGAUCAGUACACAUAUUCCCCUGGCUUGGCCAGUUCUCAUCUCGACAGAAUUCGUCGCACUGUUGCAGCAGCGAGAACCAGUAGCACUAGUAAUUCUUGCGCAUUGGGCGGUUCUUUUACACUACAACCGAGACUUCUGGGUUUUUGGCAACUGUGGUCAAGGCAUAAUAGAAGCUAUCGGUGAUCAUCUUGGUCCAUUGUGGGGUCCGCAGCUAGCAUGGGCAAGAAAUAUUUUGAAGUCUCUCUAAUGUAAGAGAUGUCUGCUCAAAAAGCGGUCAUCUAAAGUUUCAGACGGAGAGGGGAGCAGGUGGACAUAGUAGGGCAGCAUACCCAGGAUGCUUGUAGAUGCUGUAGUAACAAGUAGUGGUGUUAAACAGUUGAUAUGGUACCUGAUACGGGGGCAUUGGGUGACCUUGCUAGUAUUUCCGCCAUAUGGC